AUUGCCAAACGGGAUGAUCCAGAGUUGUGUCCUCUUUGCCUGGAGAGCAUAAAUACCACUGGGGAGCUCUGCGAGACCGCAGUUGGUGCUCGCUGCUGAGCCGAGACCUCGCGUCCCCGCACCUCCCCGGGCUCCCUGCAUCCUUUCCCCCUCCUCGCUGAAAUAUUGCGGCUAUAUAAUUUAUUUCCCACCAGCAAGCUUGGAGGAGCAACUGCUUCCCGAGAAGCGCUCGGCGAGAUCUGUGCUGAGCCACUGGAGACCCUGAAAGGAAACUCUUCUGCUGCCUUCAUUCUAAUUCUGCCCGCUGUAGAAGAGCCAUGGAUCCUGCCCUGCCUUGGAUCCUGCCUCUUGGAUGUGUCCUGCUCCUGGCAAAUGCAGCCCACUGCUUUAUCUUGCCCAACUCGAGUCACCUGGAGAGCAUUUUGAGCAAAUAUCAGGAUGGGGGAGCUCACUCCAGAUCCAAGAGAGCCAUUUUGUUUUCAGACCGACAGGAGAUAUUGAUGCUCCACAAUAAAUUAAGAGGUCAAGUGUAUCCAUCAGCCUCCAAUAUGGAAUACAUGACCUGGGACGAUGAGCUGGAAAGAUCAGCCCAUGCCUGGGCUCAGCAGUGCAUCUGGGACCAUGGGCCCAGUGCCCUCAUCAGAUCCAUUGGACAGAACCUGGCAGUUCACUGGGGCAGGUAUCGCUCUCCUGCUUUCCACGUCCAAUCCUGGUAUGAUGAAGUCAAGGAUUACUCGUACCCGUACCCACAUGAGUGCAACCCGUGGUGCCCAGAUAAAUGCACAGGCCCCAUGUGCACGCAUUACACUCAGAUAGUCUGGGCCACAACAAACAAGAUUGGCUGUGCUGUGAACGUCUGCAAGCAGAUGAAUGUCUGGGGAGAGAUCUGGGAGAACGCCGUCUACCUGGUCUGCAAUUACUCGCCCAAAGGCAACUGGAUCGGAGAAGCCCCAUACAAGAACGGCCGCCCCUGCUCUGAGUGCCCCCCCAGCUACGGGGGUGGUUGCCAGAACAACCUCUGCUACAAAGAUUAUCGUUACGAAGACCCCUACAUCACCGAGACGGAUGAGACCAACGAAGUGGAAACCCCACAGCUCGCAGAGCACAAGCCUGUGUGGUUCCAUCCUCCAGAGAAUGAGCCCAGCAAAACCAUCAAGCCCAAGAAAACCACCUCCAACUCCUAUAUGACACAAGUCAUUACCUGUGAGACCAAGAUGAGAGACAAAUGCAGAGGCUCAACAUGCAACAGGUAUCUGUGCCCAGCUGGCUGCUUGUACAGUAAGGGAAAGAUCUUUGGAACAUUUUAUUAUGAGAGUUCAUCAAGCAUAUGUCGGGCUGCAAUUCACUAUGGCAUCCUGGACAACAAGGGAGGACUGGUUGAUAUUACAAGGAAGGGGAGGACGCCGGCCUUUGUGAAGUCUACCAGGAACGGUGUGGAAUCUUUCAGGAAAAAUAAACCUUCCAAUGCGUUCAUGGUUUCUAAAGUUGCAACACAGACACUGGAUUGCUACACCACAGUAGCUGAGCUGUGCCAGUUCAAAAAGCCUGCGACCCACUGCCCAAGGAUUUAUUGUCCAGCCCACUGUAAAGACGAGCCAUCCUACUGGGCACCGGUGUUUGGCACAAACAUUUAUGCAGAUAGCUCCAGUAUCUGCAAAAGUGCAGUGCAUGCAGGAGUCAUUGCAGAUGAAGAAGGUGGCUUUGUGGAUGUGAUGCCCGUAGAAAAGAAGAAAAGUUACGUCGGCUCCUUAAAGAACGGAGUCCAGUCUGAGAGCUUGAGGAGUCCUUCAGAUGGAAACGCUUUCCGAAUUUUUGCCGUGAAGCAGUAAAUUCCUAGGGAAAGGUGCAAGUUUCUUCAGGAGAGUGCUCCAUUGAUCUCCGGAGACAGGAAAGCUCCUCUGAUAGCAUCAGCUCUGAACAUACCCUCCUUGCCAAUCUCUUUCAGGGAAUUAGAAAAGGAAAAAAAAAA